CCAGAUCCCGCCUCUCUCCUGCUCAUCCUCCCUCCCUUCUCCCAGGAAAGAGCAGCCUCGUGGGAGGGCUCGCCGGGAGGAUGUGCAGACCCCCGCCUCGAUGCUGGGAGCUGCAGAGUUAAUUUCUCCACAUCCCAUCCCUCUCCUGCUCCCCACAUCCCAGAGAGGCCACCCAGGCGACCGGAUGCAGAAGAGCAUUUCCUGUUUCCAGCUCCCGCUGCCGAUAACAGCAUCGGAGGCUCUUGCUCAGGGGCUGAUUUUGGCAUCCCCUUUAUCUGCUCCCGGGGGCCCAGACUUAGAGGACUCCCUUCCUUCUGCCUCCUCCCCCGCUACCCCCUUGCGAUACUGGGCCCACUUUCCCUGACGAUGCUAAAAUCGGAGGAUGUAACCGUGCACCUCUCGGAGGAGGAAUGGCCACAGCAGAUCACAAUUUAAAGAGACUUCCACAGGGAUGUUAUGCAGGAGCAUUAGUAAAUCCUUCUGUGUUUGGAUAUCUCUCCCCAAAUCAGACUUCAUCACUCAGAUGGAGAAAGGUGAAAAAACAUGGAAUUGGGAAGGUGCCAAAAGAACAAAAGCUCCCAAGGGACUCCCCAGCUGGAACAGAACUUGGGAGACCAGCUGAAGACUGGAGAAAAAUGAGAAUGGUUAUGAGCUGAAAGGUCUGGAGUGUGAGUACUCUCAAGGGAUGUGCACAGGAAGAUCCCAAGAGGAGAAGAAACUUCCUGGAUUAAUGGAAAGACCCAUGUGAGUCAGUGCACUUCAGAAAAGCAGCAGGGCAAAAAGCAGCAGUUAGGAAACAGGCAGAACAAAUCCAUCCCCAAGAUAAGGGAUCUGGGGAACCUCAUUGUAAGUGACCCUAAAACUAGAUCAAGUUUUGAGAAAACCUCUGUCUUUAGUGAAUAUGGGAAAUCUUCCGUCAGCAUUCCAAUCCUAAAAAAGUAUCCCAAAAUCCCUUCAGGGGAGAAUGCUACAAGGGUGUGGAUUGUAGAAAAGGGUUCACUUGACAGAUAUUUGUACAGUUAACAUCUCCUGGCAGGGAGGAAGGAAAACUCCCAAGCCCUAUAAAAAGCCCCAAGAGUGGGAGAACCUUUAGUGAGAACUCCAAAGUUGAAACAUACAAAAGGGGCAAGAAAUCCUACUUUCUAAAUUCCACUGAGUGUGGAGAUGGGUUCAGUGUGAAGCAGUUCCUCCUUACCCACCAGAGAAUCCACAUGGGAGAGAUAUCCUAUAAAUGCCUCCAGUGUGGGAAAAGCCUUACUCAUCAUACUACACAUUAAAUGUCAAAGCCCCCACACUGGAGCAAAACCAUAUAUACAGUCAGAUCUGCUAGAACUCUUGUUUUGAAAAUGGGAGUUUGUACCAAUACGAUUGAAAUAUUAGGCAGCAAUUUGAGCAUAAUACUAAUUUGAACUUGCUCAUGCUCAAUUUGAUCCAUGAAAAAAUAAAAAGGCAAAAUGCAGAAAACUGUAUCCAGCUGAACUGAACCGUGGAGGAACAAAACACACACAUCUUAUCAGCUUCUUCAGUUCACUGUGUGUUAUCCUAUAAGGUUGUUUUUUGCUGUGUUUUUUUUUCUUUAUUUGUGAACUUUUCUCUCCCUAUAUAUAUAUAUAUAUAUAUAUAUAAAAACACUCAUUCUACAUCCCAACCAUGUCUAAGUCUAAGCGUCCUGACUCAAACCCAUCAGGCCAUGGAUGCAAAAGAAAAACUUUCAGUAUUGAGGAGAAGCUUGAAAUAAUAAAGCGUUUUGAAAGAAAUGAGAGAACAUGUGAUAUCGCCAGAGCAACGGGCAUAAAGGAGUCCACGUUGAGGGCCAUCAGGGACAACGCUGUGAAAAUCAAAGAGACUUCUAUGACGGGGAUAACCACGAUUUCUUCCAAGUCGGUGAGAAUCAGGCCUAAAGAAAUAGCCGAGAUGGAAAGGCUGCUGAGCAUAUGGAUCGAAGGGAAGAAAUCGAAAACCACCUUUCUCACAGUCAAAGGGAAAGCGCUCUCCAUCUACGCGGACCUUAAGCGUAAAUCACCCAAUCCCGCGGAAGUGGCCCCUUUUAGGGCCAGCUGUGGCUGGUUCAGCGGCUUCAAGCAUCGCUACAAUUUCCAUAACCUUCAGUUCUCUAGCGAAAGCUCUAGCGCGGAGCACAAAGCUGCCCGGGAAUUCCCAGCGGUGGUCCAGAAAUUAAUUAAAGAAGAAGGCUACACGUUGGAUCAGAUUUUCAAUUUCGACGAGACGAUUAUCUAUUAUAAACGCAUACCUGGAAACUACCACAUCCCAAGGGGGGGAAAAUCCCCCCUUGGACAUAAGGCUUCAAAGGAUCGCUUAACUGUGAUGUUCGGAGCCAACGCCAGUGGAGACUUGAAGCUCAAACCGGUGGUAGUUUAUCGCUCGGACAACCCGCCGGCCUUAAAAGGCAUCGUGAAGGCCAGUCUCGGUGUCCAUUACAGAUAUAGCAAGAAAGGAUGGAUGACCGCUCAGAUCUGCAUCGAUAUUUUUGCUGAAUUCUUCCCCGUUAUAGAGUAUUAUUGCAAGAAAAAGAAUCUGGCGUUUAAGAUUCUCAUCAUCAUCGACAACGCGCCGAGCCACCCUCCGACGAUAGCCGAACUCAACCCCAAAGUCAAAUUCGUCUUUUUGCCUCAAGAAACCACCCCUCUGAUCCAGCCCUUUGGUCAGGGGAUCAUGGCCCUGUUUAAGGCCUACUACCUGAAGAGAACCCUGAAGAUGCUAAUUGCGGCUACCGGAGGUGAGAAUGCGGAAACCGCCCUCGAAUUUUGGAAGAGAUGCAACAUCAAAAUGGCCAUCGAUAUCAUUGUGGAAUCCUGGAACGAUGUCACCAAAGAGUGUCUGCAUCGAGCGUGGAAGAAGAUGCUCCCUAACCUGAUCCACGAUUUUGAAGAAUUUGAACCUUCGGAGCAAUUAAAACAAAUCAAAACCAGUUGCCUGGAGCUGGCGAAACAGGUGGGGUUUGAGGAGGUCGAAGACGAAGACAUCGAUAAGCUGCUGGAGCUUCACUCUAACGAUCUAACCACGGAAGACUUACAACAGCUUGCCGAUGGCCAAGCGGAAGCAGAAGACGAAGAUGAGGAAGAUGAUGACGAUGAGGAUGAGGAUGAUAACGAAAUCCAGAAGGUGACUCCACGACAGCUCGAUACCUCACAAUUAUCGGGUGUUUUAAGCGUUAUUGAAAAACAGUUGCAGUGGCUGGAAGAUAAUGACUACAACGCUGAAAGGAGCAGGAUAGUCGUGCACGGCAUCCGCACCAACCUGGAACCAUACAGGCAGCUUCUGUAUGAAAGGAGAAGGUUAGCAAAGCAGCAGAAACUGGAUAUCUAUUUUAAGGUGGUACGGAAGAGGCGCCUGGAGGACAUCGAGCCGCAUCCAUCCACAUCUGGUAUUACAACUUCCCGGUCAGCUUCCCCUUCUACUGCUUCACAGUAAACUGCAACCGCCGGAAAGCCCACUUCUGCGUGAGACCUUCAAAUCUUUGUCAAUGAAAGUGCAUUUCUUCUGACGCAGAACAGUGGGUCCCUAUUUAAAAAAAAAAAAACUAAGAUAAAGGCUCAGCAGUGAUCCAAGGAUGUGGACCCCACUUUAUCUAUUUAUGUAUUGCUUAAUCACAUGACAUGUAUCCAAACCAUGCUGACAUUUUAAAUAAGUUCCUGUCCUUUUUAUGUGUCACUGGUGAAGUUUUUAGUGUGGGAGCCCUAUCCCCAUUUUCCCCAUGGCUUAUUACACAAGAUUAUGUAGUCUUUAGGAAUACACUUAUUGCAUUAUAGCAGCAUUGAUCUCAUUGAUCUGAGAGAUAAGCUUCAUUCAUGGGUCAGAUUUCAUCAACUAUCAGAGAAGAUCCCUGGGAAGAAAUCCUGUAAGUAUCAUGUGAUCAACCCCAACCUCAACUCCAGCCUCCAAGACUUCAAAAGACUAAGAAAACAUAAAUGUUCUGAAUAUGAGGAUGGCUCUGUCCGGAGAGGUAAAGUUGCUGAACACAUCAAAGACACCCUACUGAAAAAAGUUGUCCGUGGGUUGAUUUCAACAGAAGGGCAUGUGACCUAAUGAUUCCUGCCAGUUCCAGUGGUACUUGGGUCCUUUCUGGCUCUCAGACAUGACUAAGAAGUUAGCUGUAAAAUAAACAUGAAUCCAGUGAUCCUAUCUGUACUGGGAAAAACAUCUCUUCCACACCUAUCCAACUUAAACAAACCAACCUACAGAGGCUCAGCAUGGCCAUGGUUCAUGAACUGCUUUUACAUCUUGGACCCACUUUCCAGAAUCUCCCAACUUACUGUGGGGCCUUGGAAGUCACAGAGACUGGAGUUCUUAAAAGGCAACCCCGAAUUAAGUGGGUAAUAUUCUUGGAUCAUUGCCCUUUCAGAGCCCCUCUCCAUGGACUCAUGGAACACGAAGUAUCAAAGCCAGGAACUGAUCCUUCCACUAUACUUGUCAUUGGUCAGAACUUUAUCGGAACAUUGUAUAUAGUCGGUGUACAGACAUAUGUAGAGUGCCACAUUUUUUAAAUUAAAAAAAAAUGAGAAGUUUAAGAGAGAAAAACAAAAUGAUAAGAAAUGAAAAAUAAAUUCUAUGUGGACAGGAGAGAGGAUUUGAGAUUAUUCAACUGGAGGAAGAGAAAGCUAAGGAAAACAUCCAUUAUUAGACAAAUGAAGGAUGAUGAGAGAACUGGAAGGGAUCUUAGAAGUUUUAUAUGCCUGGAGUGGAUUCUUUCCCGAUCUCUACUUCAUAGGGUUCCCUUUUUCUUUUUAAGAUUUGCUUGAAGUUUGAACUUGAAGUUACGAUGAGCCAAGUUCACAUCCAGCCUCAGAUGCUUAUCACAAUAAAUCAUUCCAUCUCUGUCCUCCUCAGAUCCUCAUCUAUAAAAUCUGUAAAAUAGAGAUGAUAGCAGCACCUGCUUCAUAGGGAUGUGAGGAUAAAAUAUUUGUAAAGUGCUUUGAAAAUAUUAAAGUACUAUAUAAAUUCUAGUUUUUUCAUCUUAUGCAUGAAGGUUUUUCCCCCUCCCCCAACUGAUAGUGCUUUCCCUCUCAAAACUCCUUGAACUUCACUUUUUUUCUUAUAAAGAUAAGUAAUUUAUACUUGUAUUAUUAAUUUAUAUUUGUACUGUAUAUGUUUUGUAUUUAUCUAUUUUCUCCCCUAUUACAAGGAAAAUACUUCAGAUCAGGAGUUGUUUCAUUCCUUAGAGUUGUGUUCCCAACACCUCACCCCAUGCUGGACACACAGUAAGUGUUUAAUAAAUACUCAUUGAUU